AUGUUUGCAGUCACCGACAAUGCCGGUAAAUGCCAUUUAAUUGGUAUCGACCAAACCGCAUCAUAUGAAAUGUUCCAUGAUCGAGCUAUUCAUGGGCAAAAAUUCAGAAGCGACUAUGAUGACUACGAGGAAUAUACUUUUGAUGAAGAAAAUAGAGUUUUAGUUAACGUUAACUCAGGGAUUCCGCAGAAUUCAAGUAUUUCUCGUGAAGUAGUAAAUUGGGGAGGUGCUCCUUAUCUCAAACAAACCACACAAAGUCAUCUCAAGGCCAUUAGUACUGGCAUUCCUGAGGUUCAAGAAUGGCAAGAAGAUAAUUGGAAGAGGGAUGUUCUCGUUGAAGAGGUCGAAGAAAUCAAGUAUGGUAGUCUCGUCAAACAUAUUAUGGACAAGAAAGAUGUGACUAAACGAAGGAGAAGAAUUAUCAUUGAAGAUGAGUACGAGUAUGUUGACCCCGUUUUACUUGACGAAACAAGCUUCCCAUUACAAGACGAUAGCGAUGAUGAAGAUUAUAUUCCUGGUCUUUCUGAUCGUGAAGGAACCCCUGAUAGCACCGAAGAAACCGACUUUAUGGAACUUGAUGCAAUUCCUAUAUCCGUCGUAAAUUCUCCCGAUAUGGACAGUGAUUAUGGAGUCAAGACAAGAAGACAAAAGAAAGCCGAAAAAAAGGCGCAGAAAGACAGACGUCUUGCUGCAGCCGGUGUGUCGAGUACCAAUCAUAAAAAUAAGAAGAAAAGGAAACGUUCUCGUGUCGAAUUAUCUGAUGGCGGCGAAAAUGAUGAGUAUGUUGAACCAAGUAACAAUGACUACGGUAUUGCAGGUCCAAGUUCACGUCCUUUGAGACGUGUCAAAAGACGUAUAAAUUAUGGAGAAAGCGAAACGACUUCUUCAGAAGAAGAUAGCUUUAUUGAAAAUGAUCACGCUUCAUUUGAAACAGGUAGUAGACGUGCUAGAUCACCAAAAUCACCAAGCGGUUCGGAAUAUCAAGAGGAUUCAGAACAAGAAGAAUCGCAAAAUAAUGUUGAUUCUCCUUAUGUUGUAUCCUCGUCACAACAUGAAGUGUCUCCUUGUGAAGAUACACAUGGAAAUUAUGGAGGUGAUGAUGAAAGUUUUAUGGAAGACGAUAUUGAACAAGAUUAUGAGAAAGUGGUAGUGGGUGUUUCGAGUCAAGUUUCGGGUCAAGUUAGGACGAUACUUUCAGAUUCAAUGGAUACUGCAGACCCAGAUGACGAUACUCGUCCAGAAUGGAUUCGAAUGAUUAGACCACAAGCUUCUCCGUAUCACCCUCAAAUUGGGGACGUUAUUAUUUAUUUCUUAAACGGGCAUAAAGAAAUGCUUCGAAGGUGUUUUCAUGAUUCAGACAAUUCUAUUUUACUUCAAACUUUGGGACCUGGUGAUCCAACGCUUCAUAAGGAUCAUGCGUGGAAUAGGGCGUCAACUUAUAAAAAAGCUAGAGACAAUAUCUUAUAUUGUCUCAUUGAAGAUAUUGAAUGGACUCGAGGAGAUAAAAAUAAACCUUUUGUAAAGAUUACAGCAAAAACAUUGAAUCUUCAAGAUUAUCAAAACAAUAAACAACUUUUGCCGAUUGAUCCCAUGUUUGAUAGAAGAGCCACAUCCAAAGCUAUUAUAUACUAUUACGAUUAUAUGAAUAUGGGAGACUUUAUUGUACUUUAUGAUCGGGUAGCAGCAGGUCUUAAUAAAAGACUAAGAAUUGACGAGAAAGUGUUUGCUACAUACGAUAAUACACCAUAUUCUGGUACUAUUGUUCAAAUAAACAGAAAUAAAACAUUUAACGACUGGUCUCCAUGGCAAACUUACACAGUUAAUUGGGAUGAACCUAAUGAUCCAGAAAAUACUCAAGACACAUUACAUAGCUGGGAAUUGAAACGUGAAAAUGAACAAGAUUUGGUCGAUAAUCAAACUUAUGGAGAAGAAGAUAAAAUGACCAUGAGCAAUAUUAUUUCUGAACUUAUUAACGAAGUUGAUUUCGAAUGGUUUGUAAAUCAUGUCAAUUUCACUGAAGUAGUUGAUUACCUUCCAAAAAUUCCAUAUCCGAUGUGCCUUCGAAUGAUUGAAGCACGUAUACAUAACAAUUGGUAUCGCUCUUUAAGGGCGAUCAAGGCAGACAUUGAUUUAAUACAUUGGAAUGCGACAAAUUAUAAUGAAUCAGGAACCGAAAUUCCUUUGGCAGCAAAUAAACUUCUUAAUCAAUUUAAACGUCUUACUGAACGUAAUAGGAGUUCAGAUGUUGUCUUAAUUGGAGACUCGGGGGUUGGUAAAUCCAAUCUUCUUUCGCGUUUCACACGUAAUGAGUUCAAUUUAGAGUCAAAGUCAACGAUUGGUGUUGAAUUUGCUACCAGAAGUAUUCCAGUAGAUAACAAGACCGUUAAAGCCCAAAUAUGGGAUACUGCUGGACAAGAGCGUUAUCGAGCUAUUACAAGCGCGUAUUAUCGCGGAGCAGUUGGUGCUUUACUCGUUUACGAUAUCGCUAAACAUGUUACUUAUGAAAAUGUUAAUCGUUGGUUAAAGGAACUAAGAGAUCAUGCUGAUAGUAAUAUUGUUAUUAUGCUUGUUGGUAACAAAAGUGAUUUAAGGCAUUUGAGAGCUGUACCGACUGAAGAAGCUAAACAGUUUGCUGCUGAAAACAACUUGUCAUUCAUUGAAACUUCUGCAUUGGAUGCCAGUAAUGUAGAACUCGCUUUUCAAAACAUCUUGACUGAAAUAUACCGUAUUGUUUCGAAUAAAGCUUUGGAAAACAAUACUGGAGAUGUUACUAAGCCAACUGCUGGAGAAACUAUUCAAGUCACUUCCAUGCCUGAUGAAAAGCAAACGACUGGCAAAUCUUUAAUAUUAAACUUUUCGGACGAAUUAUAUGAAGAAAAAAGCACACCUAAAAGGAAAAGACGCGUUCUUUUUACACCUAGACGAAAUAAUAGAAGUAAUAAAAGCGCUACUUUUAGCACUCCAAAGCGUAAUAAGAGCAUAAAAAGUGUUGCAGAUAUCACUCCAAAACGCAAUAAAAGAAUCACAGUUUCAACUUGUACUGAAGAAGACACUGAUGAGGAUAUAACGCAUAAAUCAUACCCGAUCGUUACCGUGCUAAUUACUCCUAAAAAGAACAAACUACCGGAUUCACAAGCUUUUGAACAAAUAGUUACACCACCCUCAAUAAGAAAAAGAUCAGGUCGUUUAUCAUCAAAUAUCAAUAAUCGGAUUAAACCUACAAGUAAACCUUUAUCAAGAUAUGAUAUUGCAAGAGAGAAAUUAAGACUUGAAGAAGUUCCUGUAAAUUUUCCUUGUCGUGAAAAAGAAUACGGUAAAGUUUAUGAUAAAAUUAAAGAAUCAAUUGAUGAAUUUAAAGGACGUCGUAUUUUUAUAUCUGGUCAACCUGGCACUGGUAAAACUGCUACUGUACGACAAGUUAUUAAAAAUUUAAAUGAAAAAGCUUUUAGAAGAGAAUUGAAUUCUUUUGAAUUUGUUGAAAUUAAUGGUAUGGAAGUUAAACCUCCCGAAAAAGUAUAUAGUGUCUUAUGGGAGGGUUUAACCGGUGAUCGAAUUUCUUAUAAAGACGCAGAAUCUUUAUUGAAUGAAACAUUUCAUGAUAAAGAUCAACGAGUUUCAAUUGUAUUCAUGAUAGAUGAAUUUGACUCACUCAUCACCAAAAAAAGUAUUGUAUUUAGUAAUCUUUUGGAAUGGACGGCUUUACCAAAUUCUGGAUUCGUCUUGAUUGCUUUGACGAAUGAAAUUCGAUUACCACACUCAUUAUUAUCUAAAAGUCAAGAAAGCAAAUUUGGGCUGGAAAGAUUGGAUUUUGAACCGUAUACUCAUGAACAACUUUUUAUAAUUUUGAAAUCUCGGCUUGAAAAUAUUGAUAUAUUUGCAAAGGAAGCUGUUGAAUUUACUGCAAGAAAAGUGAGCGCUAUUUCACAAGAUGCAAGAAAUGCUCUGUUUAUUUGCAGAUAUGCAGUAGGAGUUCUUGAGACACAAGUAAAAAAUAAAUUAGUAUCGGGGAAUAGUCGUGUUACUAUACAAAUGGUUCUAGAGGCUAUAAGAAAAACCAAUACCCCAUGGAAGAAAUAUAUUAGUAGAAGUUCUCUACAAGUUAAAGUAUUUCUUUAUGCCUUAUUAUUAUUGAAGAAAAAUGGAAAAUUUGAAAUCGAGUUAAAGGAUGUAAUAAGAAAAUAUAACAAGAUAUGUGAAAUUAAAGGUAUAUCAAGUCCUUCACCUACUAUAUUAAUGAAUAUUGCUUAUGAUCUCUUAUCAUCUUCAAUGUUGGUAUUAGAUCCUAGUAAAGAUCUUGAUUCUUUAGUUGAUUUUAAUGGAAUCGAAAGUGAUGUUAGUUCAGUAUUAUCUAAUGAUUUGUUUUUUAAAGACUUGGUUGGAUGGUAA